AUGUCCUUCGCCGUUCAAGGCCGAGCUGCUAUCGUAACGGGGGCAGGUUCAGGGAUUAACCUGUCCUUCGCCAAAUCUCUCCUCGAGCAUGGAUGCAAUGUCCUGUUCGCCGAUCUAGCUCUACGUCCAGAGGCAAAGACGCUAGUGGAUCAAUACUCAGCGAAGGGGAAGACGCCACGAGCCGUCUUCCAGCGGACCGACGUGACCGAUUGGCAACAGCUCGAGCACAUGUUCGAGGUAGCAGAGCAGGAAUUCGGAGAGCUCGAUAUUGUGUGUCCUGGCGCAGGCAUCUUUGAACCGCACUGGACCAACUUCUGGCGUCCUCCGGGAACCCCUGAAAGCCGUGACCCGCGGUAUGGAGGCCGCUAUGCCCUCCUCGAUAUCAAUCUCACGCAUCCGAUUCGUACGACACAGCUAGCCAUUGCCCAUUUUCUACGCCAUGGGAACAAGCAGCGACGCAAACACAUCGUUCACAUCUCCAGUAUUGCCGGCCAGAACCCCAACUUCAUCGCCCCGAUCUAUGUUGCCACGAAACACGGCAUCAAUGGUUUGGUACGAUCGUUGGCUGGCCUGGACCAGGAGUGCGGAAUCCGUAUCACAGCUGUUGCGCCGGGGGUUAUCAAGACGCCGUUGUGGACAGACCAUCCUGAAAAGCUCAAGGUAGUGAAUGAAGGGGCGGAUGCAUGGGUAACUCCAGAAGAAGUAGCAGAGGUCAUGCUGGCGCUUAUCCAACAGGAUAAGGUGAGCGGUAUCAUUGGGGAUCAGAGUGGUCGUGGUCCCCAGUACCCAGUCAGUGGUGGAACUAUCCUGGAGGUCUCCAAGACAGUUCGGGCAGUAGAGCCUUUCAAUGAUGCUGGGCCUGGAGAUCGUCCAGGAAAUACGGUCUCCGAUAACAGUGCAGUGAUUAACGAGACACUUGGUCUGCUGUCGCAGCCUGGAUGGGGAGUACCCAUCGGUCGCAGACACGGCGGCAAAGGGAAACGAAGCAUCGGACAUCAUGGCGACGCCAGUUGGGUCAGCUGUGUGAUCAACUUGGUCAACACAAUUAUCGGUGCCGGUGUUAUGGCCAUGCCGCUGGCCAUCUCUCACAUGGGAAUCGUCCUGGGUGUCUUUGUGAUUCUGUGGUCAGGAAUGACCGCGGGUUUCGGUCUAUAUCUCCAGUCUCUAUGUGCUCGAUAUCUCGAACGAGGCACUGCAUCCUUCUUUGCCUUAUCCCAGAUCACCUAUCCUAAUAUCGCUGUCAUCUUCGAUGCCGCCAUCGCGGUCAAAUGCUUCGGAGUUGGUAUCAGCUACCUCAUCAUCAUUGGCGAUCUGAUGCCGGGCGUGGUUCAAGGAUUCGUUGGAGGUGCUCCCGACUAUGACUUUUUGGUGGACCGGCAUUUCUGGGUAACAGCCUUCAUGCUGAUCGUUAUCCCUCUCUCAUACCUCCGUCGCUUGGAUUCGCUCAAAUACACAAGUAUUGCAGCUCUAGUCUCGAUGGCCUAUUUGGUGGUUUUGGUCGUAUACCACUUUGUGAAAGGGGACACCAUGGAGGACCGUGGUCCGGUUCGAGUGAUUCACUGGGCAGGCCCUGUGCCUACCCUCAGCAGUCUGCCUGUGAUUGUUUUCGCGUUUACAUGCCAUCAGAACAUGUUCUCAAUUUUGAACGAGAUCGGCAACAACAGCCAUUUCCGAACCACCGGUGUUGUCCUGGCCAGUAUCGGUAGUUCUGCCGCCACAUACAUUCUUGUCGCUAUCACUGGGUACCUCUCCUUUGGAAACAGUGUCGGCGGAAAUAUCGUGAGCAUGUACCCACCGGGUCUUUGGGCUACGAUUGGCCGCGCUGCUAUCGUCAUGCUUGUCAUGUUCUCGUAUCCUCUUCAGUGCCACCCGUGCCGGGCCUCCGUUGACGCAGUGCUGCGCUGGAGGCCCAAGUCCUCGUCCAAUAGCGACACCUCCCCUCAUCGGAACCCCCUCCUGGGACAGAGGGGCGGCCGAACUGCGGAGCCGAUGAGUGACCUCCGAUUCUCGAUCAUUACGACUACCAUCCUUGUACUGAGCUACAUUGUGGCCAUGACUGUGUCUUCUUUAGAGGCCGUUCUUGCCUAUGUCGGCAGCACAGGAAGCACCAGUAUCAGCUUUAUCCUCCCCGGAUUGUUCUACUACAAGAUUUCCUCUCCCGAUUCGCCCCACCACCAGCGACUGAUGAAAGAGGACGACGAAGCAGCGGAAGGUAUGCUAUCCGACGAUAGCAACGAUGAAGAUGGAGAAGAGAGCGUGCAGGCACGCCCCCUAACCGACAGCGGCAUCCUCCGCCGAGGAAAACGCCACUGGCGCCGAACCCUUCUACGAAAGUUAAGUUUGGCACUCGUAGUAUACGGGGUGGUGGUUAUGGUCGUAUGCCUGAUCACGAACUCUGUUUUCAUUGCUUCUCACUAG